AGACGUCUAUUGAUAUGUUUGUCAAUCAAUGCAUUUCAUCACUUAUACAACACUCGUGUUGUUGUUGUGUUUGUGACUAUAAGUGACCAUUGGAUCCGAUUCGGUGACCAUUUAUUAUGAUAUGCUGACAAAAAUGAAGAACAUAUCGGAUAAGACAAUGUGUUUGUAUCGCCAUUUGAAUCAAUGGUCUGAUCUAAAAGUGUUUGAGUGGACAAAUGGGUCGCCGAUGUUUGGCCUCAAUUCACAUCAGAUCCAAGUCAUCAAAAGUCCCAACGAUUUCUUCAAUGAACUUAAAAGACUUUCAAUGAAAAGUAAAAAACGGAUAACACUGUCCUCACUAUACAUCGGAACGGGAGAUAUGGAAAGGGAUUUGAUAUCUGGUAUUGAAUGCACUAAACAAAAGGAGUUGAGUCUUAAGGUGAAUAUAUUGGUUGAUUACAAUCGGGCCACACGUUUGACUCGACCCGAUGACCACAAUUCUUCAACCAAAGCCAUAUUACAACCGCUGACCAAAUUUGGAGCUCAAAUCGGCUUUUAUUUGACUCCAAAUAUGAGUGGUUGGAGAAAAUGGUUUGUUUGGAGAAGAGAAAAGUGGAGUGAAUUGCAAUCUCUUCAUCACAUAAAGUGUUACAUCUUUGACGAUAAUGUCAUCAUCAGUGGUGCAAAUCUUAGUGAUAUUUAUUUUACUAACAGACAGGACAGAUAUGUGUUAUUUAAAGAUUGUCCACAAAUGGCCGACUAUUUUGAUGAAUUGAUUCAAACUAUAAGUUCUUUUUCCUAUCAAUUACAAAGUGACGGCAACUUUGAACUUCACAAGAGUUGGCCAUACAAUCCGUUAAAUUAUUUUCAAAGAAAUCAAUUUAAAAGUGAAGCCAAAAACAGAAUUGAAAAACUUAAGAAUAGAUUUAGAAAUAAAAUUAAUUUAAAUGAUUUAAAUGAAUGCAAAACUAUUGCCAUUCCUUUAAUUCAAAUGAAGACAUUAGAUAUUAGUGAUGACCAAUAUUUUACAUCAAAAUUGUUAUCAAUUUGUGGAUCCGAUUCAGAAGUAGGACUCGCUUCCGGUUAUUUUAAUCUAACACAAGAAUAUAAACAAAUUAUUUUAAAUCGAAAUUGGUUUAAACCGUUGAAAUUAUUGAUGGCCUCUGAGAGUGCCAACGGUUUCUUUGAAGGCAAAGGAGUGACCGCUUAUAUACCAAAAGUUUAUACAUUAUUAACGAAAACAUUUUUAAAUGAGAUUAAGGAAAACAAAUGCAAUGUUUAUCUUAAUGAGUAUUCGCGACCCAAAUGGUCAUUCCAUGCAAAAGGUUUAUGGCUUGCAUUAGAUCCCAUGAUUUUCUUAUCAAUGAUCGGUUCCCCUAAUUUUGGCUAUAGAUCUGUAUAUCGAGACAGUGAAGCACAGGUUGUCGUCAUUACUAAAGACGAACUUUUAAAACAAAAACUUGAAGACGAAUACAAUAGUUUAUGGAAGUAUUCAUCGGUGGUCAACGACAUGACUAUCAAAAAUAAUUUAGUAAACGUUCCCAUUUGGGUUAAUAUAGUGGUUAAACUUUUUAAGAGUUAUUUUUGAAUAUAAAUAAAUACAAUUAUUUAUUAUUAUUAUUACAAUGACAUAUGU